UGGGUCAUGUCCUCGUCUUUAGCAGGCUUUGAGGAUGCGCAGACACAUGGAGGAUGGUGAUCAGGCUCACAACCAUUUAAAGCAAGAUGUCUGAUGAUGAGAAAAAAAGGAGGGCAGCCACUGCCCGUCGGCAACACCUGAAGAGUGCUAUGCUCCAACUUGCUGCCACUGAAAUAGAAAAAGAAGCAGCUGCUAAAGAAGUGGAAAAGCAAAACUACCUGGCAGAGCAUUGCCCUCCUCUGUCUCUCCCAGGAUCCAUGCAGGAACUUCAGGACCUGUGCAGAAAGCUUCAUGCCAAGAUAGAGUCAGUGGAUGAGGAGAGGUAUGACACAGAGAUGAAGCUACAGAAGACUAACAAGGAGCUGGAAGACUUGAGCAUGAAGCUCUUUGACCUGAAGGGCAAAUUCAAGAGGCCGCCCCUGCGCAGGGUGCGCAUGUCUGCUGAUGCGAUGCUGCGGGCUCUGCUGGGCUCCAAGCACAAGGUCUGCAUGGAUCUCCGAGCCAACCUGAAGCAAGUCAAAAAAGAAGACACUGAGAAGGAGAAGGACCUCCGUGAUGUUGGUGACUGGAGGAAGAACAUUGAGGAGAAGUCCGGCAUGGAGGGCAGGAAGAAGAUGUUUGAGGCUGGCGAGUCCUAAGCACCUGCAUCACCCAUCCUCUGCUCCUUCCUGUUCCCGCUGUCCCGCUAGGUUCAGGGGCACCGGCUGGGUGCCAUUUCUCUCUGACUUUGGAAGAGCUGCAUCAUGGCAGCAGUGAUGUAAAUAAAGCUUUGGUGG